GGGUUGAAAAAAAAAAAAAGAAAAAAGUAUACUGCUUUCUUGGAGGCUGCAGUAUGUUGAGGAAGAUUCGAAACGAACUACUUUCCUUUCUUUAGAUCUCUCGAGUCUUGACUUGCCAUCGAGGAUUGCCAUUUAGAUUUUGAAGCUUCAAUUGGAAAAUGGUUUGCACUUAACUAUCCUCCAUAUUACUCUUUUGGGGGAACUACACUGGGCAUUUGAUGAAAGGUGUUUCUAGUAGCUUACGUGCAGCUUUCUCCUCCUGUGUACAACAAGUUCGAAAUUAUGAUUACCAUCACUAUCUCUGCCUCCUCGAGCUUCCCCCUAACAUGCGAAAGGCUGCAUUUGCCCUUCGUGCCUUGAACGUUGAAACUGCCAGAGCCAUGGAUGUUGCUUCAGAUCCCAGGAUUGGUCUUAUGCGCCUCCUCUGGUGGCAAGAAACUAUAGAUAAGAUUUAUUCCAACAAGUUGGUUGAGCACCCAACAGCGCAGGCCCUCUCAUCGGUGAUAUCUGAAAAUAGAAUUACUAAGGGUUGGUUGAAACGGUCUGUUGAAGCACGCAUCAAUGAUGCAAGGAGGGGUGUUACUGACAUCCCAGAAACUUUAGAAGAGUUGGAAAAAUAUGCCGAAGACACUGUAUCAACAAUGCUAUACAUGACACUUCAAGCUGGUGGCAUCAGGUCCACUGCAGCUGACCAUGCAGCAUCUCAUGUUGGUAAGGCAAGUGGCCUUCUAUUGCUACUUAGGUCAAUUCCAUAUCAUGCUAGUCGCAACCGACACUUUUCAUAUAUACCAACUGAUGUGGCAGCAAAACAUGGGUUAUUAGCCAAAGAUGGCGGUCGAUCAGAAGUCCACGUGGAUUCACGUGAGGACUUAUGUGAUGCUGUCUUUGAGAUGGCAUCAGUAGCUAAUGCCCAUUUGCAGAAGGCUCGUGCAUUGGCUGGAACAGUUCCUGCUGAGGCUCGCCCAGUGCUUUUGCCAGCUGUUCCUGCCCAGGUUCUCUUGGACUCCCUGAGUAGGGUGCAGUUUGACGUGUUUGAUCCAAGAUUAGAACGAGGAGUUCUGGGCAUUCCACCUUUGUGGUACCAAUUGAAAUUAAAGUGGUCGUCAUGGAGGGGGGAAUACUGAUAACUUAGUAAUCCAUUCAACGGGAAAGUUGGUGGGGUGGACAAUGCUAGAGAAUUGUCAUACUUUUGGUUCCUUUACAAUAAGGGGAUUGUUUUUCACAAGAAACAUGGUCCUAUCCUCCGCUAGUGCACGUUUCGUUUUUGGAAUUUCCUUGAUAAUGGCAUUGUCUGGUUUUGAAA